AUGGAACUAAAUUUGUCAAACACCUGCAAUGAAACAGACGCCUGGAUAUGGCUGUCAUCUUUCCAGCCUCCGUUUCUGGCUCUUAUCAGCAUCCUGGGAGUGCUGGGCAACAGUGUGGUCCUCUGCGUGUUCUGCCUCCAGAGGAAGCCGUGCAGCGUAGCUGAUGUGUAUCUGGGCAACCUGGCAGCUGCAGACCUCAUUAUGGUCCUGUGUUUGCCCUUCUGGACGGUGACCAUAGCCCAAGGCUAUCAAUGGAACUUCGGUCAGCUGCUUUGCAAGGUAAUCUGCACCAUCAUCUCGAUGAACUACUACUGCAGCAUACUCUUCCUGCUGCUGGUCAGCGUGGACCGCUACCUCGCCUUGGCCAAACCCCUGAAGCCCAGUAGGCUGAGAUCCCCCCGAUGGGCCAAGCGUAUAUGUGUUGUGAUUUGGACGGUGGGGUUCAUGCUCAGCCUCCCAACUCUGCUCUUCCGAAGAGUAGGUUCAUUUCCAGACAUUGGGGUGGAUGCCUGUUAUCUAAAAUACCCUCAUCCAGCCUGGAUUCUAAGACGAAACAUCACGACAAACUUAGUUGGAUUCCUGCUUCCGCUGCCAAUCAUUUCCUUUUGCACUUUUCACGUGGUCAGAGCGCUUAAAAACCGCAGCUUUGUGAUUCAACCAAGAGUUCAAACGGAGAGGAAAGCCACUCAGCUGGUUCUGACGGUCCUCGCUGUGUUUCUCCUGUGCUGGACACCCUUUCAGCUGGUGCGUUUCCUAGGAACCCUUGACUACUUCAAGCUCCUUCCUGGGUGUCUCUGGGAGAAUAUAUUGCAAAUAAGCAAUGAGCUGGCUACUUAUUUAGGGUAUAGCAAUAGUGCAAUAAACCCUUUUUUGUAUGUUAUCGUAGGAAGCCACUUCAGGAAGAGAGCUCAAGGAGUUUUUCAAGGUGUUCUUUUGUGUUCUAGACGCAAGAGCAACUCCUCUGUGCACUUAAAUGUUACUGUUAUUAGCAAGUGCAGUGACAGUCCUAAAGAUAACAGAAUAACACCGCUGGCACUGAGAGCUGUAUAUCCACCCAUCAAACCUCAUAUGAUGUGUAGAUCGUUGUGAAGAGACGAAAAAGCUCAGCUGGUAGAGAUCAAGGGUUUGAUUAGACUUUAUUUUGACAGACAUUUUACUGACUAUAAGUAGCUUUGCAAGUACAGAAGGCCAACUUAGUCUACUAACCCUUACCAUGACCUAACAAUGAGAGUUACUUGUAGUUUCAGGGUCACUUAUGGUCUUCAGAAU